AUGAAUACAUCAUAUUCACUGACUGUAUACCUUGUUUGUCCUGCAGUCAAACACACCCUGAAGUUUUUCUGGACUGCAUCUUCUGGAGUCCCAAACUUUCCACAGUUUAUGGGUGUUGUUAUGGUUGAUGACAUUCUGGCAGGUUACUGCGACAGCAACAAAAAUAUUCAACCAAAACAGGACUGGGUGAAAAAGAUUUUAGAAAAGGAUCCUCAAGAAUUGGAGUUGUACACUGGAGAGUGUUUUGAGAUUCAGCCAAACUCCCUCAAAGCCAAAAUUGACAUUUUGAAGCAGUCCUUCAACCGAAUUGGAGGUGUCCACAUUUUACAGAGGAUUAGUGGCUGUGAAUGGGACGAUGAGAGUGGAGAAGUUAAUGGUUUUAAUCGUUAUGGUUAUGAUGGAGAAGACUUCAUAUUAUUUGACCUGAAGACAGAAACAUGGAUCGCUCUGAAACCACAGGCUGGUCCCUUUAAACUGAAAUGGGAUGCUGAGGAAUCUAGAAUAACAUUCAACAAGCAGUUCCUCACUCAGAUUUGUCCUGGGUGGCUGAAGAAGUAUGUGGCCUAUGGGAGGAGCUCUCUGCUGAGAACAGACCUUCCUUCAGUGUCUCUCCUCCAGAAGACUCCCUCCUCUCCAGUCAGCUGCCACGCUACAGGUUUCUACCCUGACAGAGCCACGAUGUUCUGGAGGAAAGAUGGAGAGGAGCUUCAUGAGGACGUGGACCAGGGAGAGAUCCUCCCCAACAACGAUGGAUCCUUCCAGAUGAGUGUUGACCUGAAUCUUUCAUCAGUCACACCUGAAGACUGGAGGAGGUACGACUGUGUGUUUCAUCUCUCUGGUGUGAAGGACGACAUCAUCACCACACUUGACAAAGCAAAGAUCAGAACCAACUGGGGCAAAGAUGAGUCCAGAACCCCAAUUAUUGCUGUAGUGGUUGUUCUUGCUGUCGGCCUCAUUGCUGUUAUUGGAUUUACUGUUUACAAAAUGAAAAAAGCCAAUCGCCCUCCACCUCCUCCUGUCAACAGCUCUGAGCUCUCUGAGAGACUGAAGCCAGAAACAUGAUUGACAAACACCCCACCCUGCAC